AUGGCAUCGCACGUGGCUGUGCUUGUCUUAGAUACUCCCAUUGAUGGAGUAGCUGAAGACUUUGGUGAUUUUGGUGAUAAUGUCCGUGAUCUUUUGAAAGAUAGUGUCAUUCCCGUGGUCAAGUAUCAAAUUGCAAUCCCUUUGGAAAAUGGCGCAGCGAGAGAUAGUGAUGUUGCAAUGAUGGAAAAGAAUUUCGCUCAAGUGGAAUCACAUCUUCAGACUGGCGUCAUCAAAGCUAUCGUUCUUACAGGUUCGAGAUCUGAUUCAUUUGAGGUUGGCAACAUUUGGCUUGAUCGUCUCAAUGAAUUUAUCCAGUCGCAUCUUUUCACCCGCCCUAACUUCCCGGUCGUAGGUUUGUGUUUUGGCCACCAGGUUUUGGCAAAAAACUUGGGAUGCAAAGUGAAUCGAAGCCCUCCAGAAACUGGUUGGGAAAUCGGCACGACCACCAUUGCCUUGAACAAAAGUAUUAUGUCCAUUGAGAAGUCUCCCUUCAAGAAGCCUCUUACUUUGGAAGAUGGAAAAGUCUUGGAACAUAUCAACUUGGUAGAAUUUCAUCGUGACAUUGUCUAUGGUUUACCUCCAACUUCCACUGCUAGCCACGGCCUCAUUGCUGAAACUAGUUUCCAGAACUUUGGAUCAACCAAUAAAUGUUCAAUCCAGGGCCUUGUAACCGAAUCUGGCCCUAUCAAAAUCCUUACCUUUCAGGGACACCCUGAGUUUAUCACGUCAGAAUCCUUGAAGAUGUUGGAGAUCAAAUUUGAACAGAAGCUCAUAGAUAAGGCGACUUUUGAACGCCUGACGUAUAACACGAAGAACUUGAUCAACCAAGGCCCUAUAAUUGCCAAGGUUAUUAAUAAUUUUAUAGAGAGUUACCAAUAG